AUGGCUGAAGCUUUCGUUAGUGCUGUUAUGGGAGAAGUGGCGUCAAAAGCGGCGUCAGUUGCGGUUGAGAUGAUAAGCCUUGGAUGGGGCUUCAAGGAUGAGAUGCAGAGGCUUGGUAACUCACUAGAAAUGAUUGGAGCUUUCUUGCGAGAUGCAGAGGGAAACCAAAAGCAAAUGAACUCAGUGAAGCUUUGGUUGAAGAGGCUCAGAGAUGUUGCUUAUGAGGCUGAUGAGGUCCUGGAUGAGAUUGCUUAUGAGUUUCUCAGAAAGAAGGUGGAGACUGGGGAUCAGAUGUUGAGAAAGGUACGAGACCUUCCAUCUACUGUCACAUUUCAGCACAACAUGGCUAAUAAAGUUAAGGACAUCCUUACUUCCUUGGACGACCUUAACAAAAUAGCCAAAGACUAUGGUCUUCAACAGUUGGCCGUAGAUCAAAGAAUUUUUAUUCCAUCAAAUGUGGAGACAGUCUCCUUCCUGGAUGACUCAAACAUUGUUGGAAAGAAAAAUGAUGUCUCAAAAGUUGCUGACAUGUUAGUCAGUCCCCAAGAUGAUCGAACUGUCUCUGUUGUGCCUAUAGUUGGAAUGGCGGGUAUCGGGAAAACUACUUUAGCAAGGCUAGUUUACCAUGAUGUGGAUGUGGAAAGGCGUUUUGAUGUAAGAUUUUGGGUGUGUGUUUCGGAUGAUUUCAAUGUCAAAAGAAUUUUAAGAGAAAUACUGGAGCAUGAUAUGAAUUAUCAGCACACCUCGAUACCUCAAAACUUGAAUGCUUUAACGGCGAAACUGAAGGGGAAGAUUGAGCAGGCCAAAAGGGGAAAUGAACAGAUCAAAUAUCUUCUUGUACUUGAUGAUGUGUGGAAUGUUGAACAAUGGGAUGAACUAAUGUGGUGUUUGGAAGGGGUUAAUAAGAAUCGGGGGAAUAAAGUUAUUGUAACAACCCGCAUUGAAGAUGUGGCAUUAAAAGUGGAAACACUUCCUAAUCAAAGGCAUCAGCCUGGAAAAUUAAAAGAUGAGGAGUGCUGGUCCAUAAUUAAAGAAAAAGCAUGUGGAGACUCCCCAAUAUCUCCAAGCUUAGUGUUAAUUGGCGAGGAAAUUGCUAAACAAUGUCACGGUAUGCCUUUAGCAGCAAAAGUUAUUGGAGGGACAAUGCGCAAAAUUGAAAGGAGUCGGGGUGCAUGGUUGAAAAUUCAAAAAAGUGAUGUAUGGGAUUCGGUUUAUAGCGUGCUGAGGUUAAGUUUCGACCACUUGUCUUCUCCAUGUUUGAAGAAGUGUUUUGCAUACUGCGCCAUGUUUCCUAAAGAUUUUUGCUUUAGAAAGGAGCAAUUAAUCCAACUCUGGAUGGCUGAAGGAUUUCUUGGCGCUUCUAAAGAAAUGAUGGAUACUGGUAACAGAUAUUUCCAUGAAUUGUUAUCAAAUUCCUUAUUCCAAGAUGUGGGGAAGGACAGGUGCGGAAAUAUUUUGACAUGCAAGAUGCAUGACUUGGUGCAUGACCUGGCUUUGUCUGUCUCAAAAUUUGAGACUUUGAUUUUCCAAGAAAAUUCGAUUUCCAUCACAGAUGAAGUUUCUCAUAUUCGGCAUCUCAGUAUUGGUUAUGAUGGGGAAUCCUUACCAAUAAUUUUAACAGCUGUUGCUCCAAAAUUGCACUCUUUGUUCUCAGAGAUUGAUGUGUUCAAGAAAUUGUCAAGAACCUUCACAAGCUUACGAGUCCUAAAAUUUUCCGGUGCUGAUUAUAUUCUUGAGUUGCCUGCUUCCCUCGGCGAAUUGAAGCACUUGAGGUAUAUGGACAUCUCGAAGACUUCUACCAAAGUGCUGCCUCAAUCCAUAACCAAACUCUACAUGUUACAAACAUUAAGGUUCAUGGGUUGUAGGGAAAUCGCAUUUCCAGAUGGAUUGAGAAAUUUGAUAAGCCUGAAGCACAUCCAUUUUGACCAGCAAAGUUCUCAACCAAUUGAGCUUCGACACCUAACUUCUCUCCAAACAUUGCCAAUGUUUUUUGUUAGGGAUAACGAACUUCAUCUCGAUGCUCUAGAAUGCCUCAACGAACUUGGUGGACAAUUGAAGAUAUGCGAUCUUCAAAGUGUUAGAGACAAGGAAGAGGCUGGCAAAGCAAAUCUACGGCUUAAAACAAAAUUGUGCAAGGUAAUAUUUGAAUGGUCAAAAUUUAGCAAUGACACCUGUGAGGAAGUGCUGGAAGGUCUUCAACCCCCCUCAGGUUUGCAAAGCUUAAUUGUUUGGAAUUAUGGAGGAGAAAAUCUCCCAUCUUGGAUGUCAAGACCUGUUCAUGGUUCUAAUAUUGGUUCACUGCUUCUUGACAAUUUGAUGGAGUUGGAAUUAAACAAUUGCAUCAAUUGUAAAUGUCUUCCACCAUUGGGCCAACUGCAGAGUCUCAAGUUUCUUGCACUGAGGAAUAUGGAGCAGCUGAAACGCAUCGGUAAUGAGUUUUAUUGCGAUGGAAGUAGUCAAUGUGAGAUUGAGGUGUUUCCUGCAUUAAAAACAUUCAUCCUACGACAAAUGAGAAAUUUGGAAGAAUGGACAGCAACGACAGCAGCAAUCAUGUUUCCUUGCUUAGAAGAGUUGCUUGUUUCUAACUGCCCCUUAUUGGAAAGUGUUCCCCUGACGGGACAAUGUUUAUCUCUUAAAAAGCUCUGUAUUGAGGAUUGUUCACGAUUAAGCAGUAUCGGGGAUGGACUAGCUACUUCCACGGUUCUUGAGGAGCUGACUAUAGUGAAGUGUGGAGAUUUGUUCUCAAUUCCAAAUUUAAAUGGCUUUUCCGCUCUUCGAAGUGUCUAUGUUUCUGAUUGCGGAAGCUUGGGAAUUUUUCCAAUAGCAGGAAUAUGUUCAUCUCUUAAAGAAUUUUGCAUUUCUAAGUGCAAUGGAUUAAGCAAGAUUGGAGAGGGGUUGUCUACCUCCAUUUGUCUUGCAGAAUUAAAGCUAAGUGAUUGUGCCAAAUUAAGUUUCAUUCCAGAUUUGGAAGAAUUUUCCUCUCUCCGAAUUUUAGAUAUAUCAGACUGCCACGAACUGGAAACUAUUCCGAUAAGAGGAAGAUGUCCAUCUCUUGAAAAGCUUCACAUUUCCUCAUGUCCAAAAUUAUGCAAGAUCGGAGACUGGCUGUCUACCUCCACUAGUCUUGAAGAAUUAAAGCUAGGUGGUUGUGCUAAUUUAAGUUCCAUUCCAGAUUUGGUAGGAUUUUCUUCUCUCCUAAUUUUAGAUAUAUUAAACUGCCACAAACUAGAAACUAUUCCGAUAAGAGGAAGAUAUUCAUCUCUUAAAAAGCUUCAUGUUUCCUUGUGUCCAAAAUUAAGCAAGAUUGGAGAUGGGUUGUCUACCUCCACUAGUCUUGAAGAAUUAAAGCUAAGUGGUUGUUCUAAUUUCAGUUCCAUUCCAGAUUUGGAAGGAUUUUCCUCUCUCCGAAUUUUAGAUAUAUUAGACUGUCACGAGCUGGAAACUGUUCCGAUAGAAGGAAGAUGUUCAUCUCUUGAAAAGCUUCACGUUUCCUCGUGUCCAAAAUUAAGCAAGAUAGGAGACGGGUUGUCUACCUCCACUAUUCUUGAAGAAUUAAAGCUAAGCGGUUGUUCUAAUUUAAGUUCCAUUCCAGAUUUGGAAGGAUUUUCCUCUCUCCAAAUUUUAGAUAUAUCAGACUGCCACGAAUUGGAAACUGUUCUGAUAAGAGGAAGAUGUUCAUCUCUUGAAAAGCUUCACGUUUCCUCGUGUCCAAAAUUAAGCAAGAUAGGAGACGGGAUGUCUACCUCCACUAUUCUUGAAGAAUUAAAGUUAAGUGGUUGUGCUAAUUUAAGUUCCAUUCCAGAUUUGGAAGAAAUUUCCUCUCUCCGAAUUUUAGAUAUAUCAGGCUGCCACGAAUUGGAAAUUGUUCCAAUUAGAGGAAGAUGUUCAUCUCUUGAAAAGCUUCACGUUUCCUCGUGUCCAAAAUUAAGCAAGAUAGGAGAUGGGUUGUCUACCUCCACUAGUCUUGAAGAAUUAAAGCUAAAUGAUUGUGCUAAUUUAAAUUCCAUUCCAGAUUUGAUAGGAUUUUCCUCUCUCCGAAUUUUAAAUAUAUCAGACUGCCACGAACUGGAAACUAUUCCGGUAAGAGGAAGAUGUUCAUCUCUUGAAAAGCUUUACGAUUUCUCAUGUCCAAAAUUAAGCAAGAUAGGAGACCGGUUGUCUACCUCCACUAGUCUUGAAAAAGUAAAGCCAAUUGGUUGUGCUAAUUUAAAUUUCAUUCCAGAUUUAGAAGGAAUUUCCUCUCUCCGAAUUUUAGAUAUAUCAAACUGCCACGAACUGAAAACUAUUCCUAUAAGAGAAAGAUGUUUAUCUCUUGAAAAGUUUCUCAUUUCUUGGUGUCCUAAAUUAAGCAAGAUAGGAAACGGGCUGUCUACCGCCACUUACCUCAAAAAGUUAAAGCUAUCCCAUUGUGGUAACUUAAAUUCCAUUCCAGAUUUAAUAGGAUUUUCCUCUCUUCAUAUUUUAAAUAUAUCAGACUGCAACAAUCUGGAAAUUGUUCGAAUAACAGGAAGGAACUCAACUCUCCAAGUGCUUGAAAUUAUUGCAUGUAAAAAAUUAAGCCAAAUGGGAGAUGCACUGCUUACCUUCACUCGUCUCAGAAAAUUGAGGAUAGUGAACUGCCCGAAUUUGGGGCCCAUUCCAAGAAUACAUAAUGCUUAUCUCACGGAAUUAGACUUCACUGGAGUAGGCGAAGGCUUAACUCGUCUGUUACCAGAUUUGCUGCAACCCAACCGUUAUCUUCAGAGUCUGACACUAUCUGAUUUGCCUGAUCUAAGAUCGAUUCCAGAAAGUCUGGGGGACAUGGAUUUUCUUCGUCAUUUAACAAUCAAAAGGUGUCCAACAUUGAGGAGCAUUCCAAUUGACCUCCUUGGCCGCCUUGAUUUCUUGAGAAGGUUAGAUAUUGGUGGUUUCUCAGAAGAGCUAGAAGAAUUCCCAGGUAUGGAUUCCAUCCAACAUCUCAGACUUCAAGAAUUGCGUUUGCUUGGAUGGGAAAAGCUACGUUCUCUUCCUUACCAACUCCUACGCCUCACUGCCCUUGAAGAACUGGAGAUACAGAGGUUUCACGGCAUAGAAGCCUUGCCUGAUUGGUUGGGAAACCUCUCCUAUUUAAAGUGUCUGAGAAUCGUUUCAUGUGAUAAGCUCAUGUAUCUGCCUUCUGAACGUGUUAUGCGAAGCCUCUCCAAAUUAACAACAUUUAUAAUUUCAGAGUGUCCUCGAUUAGAGGCAAGAUGUUCCAAGGAAAGCGGUCCUGAGUGGUCCAAGAUUUCCCACAUUUGUAGAAUCUCAAUUAUGUGCAAGCGGUAA